AUGGCGACCUCCCCAGACGAUGACCACGUCAAAGAAGUGAAUGUUGACAGCAAGAGCAUCACCCCAAUCGACAAGCCUGCACCGUUGAUGGGCACCAAGUCGCCCGGUGUGGCUCGAAUUGAAGCUCUCAACGCUCAUACCUCGCGCGUCAACCGCUUCUUCAUCUUCUUUGGUCUUUUCAUCGUGGCUUACGCUUACGGUCUCGAUGGCACCUUCCGAGGCACUUACCAACCGUAUGCAACAGCAGGGUUUCAGACACACUCUACGCUGGCGACGAUCAACGUGCUACGAAGUGUCGUCGCUGCAGCAGCCCAGCCAACAGCCGCGAAGAUGGCCGACGUCUUUGGCCGAGUCGAAGUUGUCUUGGUGUCGAUCUUCUUCUACGUCCUCGGCACAAUCAUUGAAGCUGUGAGUAGCGAUGUCGAGUCGUUCUCAGCAGGAGCCGUAUUCUACCAGAUUGGCUACACGACCAUGAUCGUGCUCGUUGAGAUCAUCAUUGCAGACAUCACGUCUUUGCGAUCUCGCCUGUUCUUUUCCUACGUCCCCGCCAUACCGUUUCUUAUCAAUACCUGGGUGGCCGGCGACAUCAGCCAAGCGGUCUUGACUGCCACAAGCUGGCGGUGGGGCGUAGGUAUGUGGGCUAUCAUCUACACUGCAUGCACGAUCCCACUUGUAGGCUCCCUGAUGUGGUCAUCGUACAAAGCGAGGAAGGCCGGAGCACUCGACAACUACAAGACCCCGUACCAACUGCAUGGUAGCAAGCGUUUGGCAUCGGCACUCUUCUGGCAGCUUGACGUACCAGGUAUUGUCCUUCUCAUUGCAGUGUUUGGCUGCAUCCUCACUCCUUUUACCAUCGCAGGUGGUACCUCCUCCCAAUGGGCGACCUCCAAGGUCAUCGCUCCGUUGGUAAUCGGCCUUCUCUGCAUCCCUGCCUUCAUCGUCUGGGAACGCCGCGCUCCGCAUCCCAUGCUGCCGUUCCACCUGCUCAAAGAUCGUGCUGUCUGGGGCGCUCUUGGCAUCGCAUGUACGCUGAACUUUGCCUGGACCAUGCAAGGCGAUUUCCUAUACACGGUGCUCGUAGUGUCUUUCAACGAGAGCAUCAAGAGCGCGACGCGCAUCUCCUCGCUGUACAGCUUCAGCUCCGUCAUCACCGGCCUCUUGCUUGGGCUAAUCGUGUUCCGCGUACGGCGCCUCAAGCCCUUCAUCGUACUCGGCACGUGCCUGUUCACAGUAGCCUUUGGCCUGCUGAUACGCUACCGCGGCGGGACAGGCGCAGCGAGCCACUCGGGCAUCGUGGGCGCACAGAUCUGUCUCGGCAUCGCGGGCGGCAUGUUCCCCUACCCGGCGCAGGCCAGCAUGCAGGCGGCGACCAAGCACGAGCACGUUGCCAUCGUCACGGGCAUCUACCUCGCGACAUACAACGUCGGAUCUGCGCUGGGCAACACCGUCUCCGGCGCUAUGUGGCAGCACAUGGUCCCCGCAGAGCUGCUGCGGCAGACGGGCAGCGCGCACCUCGCGGCCGAAGUGUACGCCGACCCUUUCCCGUUCGCGAGUAGCCACCCACCUGGCAUGCCGGAGAGAGCCGCAGUCAUCCUGGCAUACCGACACGUCCAGCGCCUUCUCUGCAUCGCCGGCCUCUGCCUCUCCGUGCUGCUGAUAGGCUUCUCCCUCGCCAUCCGCAACCCGGAGCUAAGCGACGCGCAGAGCCUCGAGCACGCCGAGGAGCGCGGCGCUGCGACAGAGAAGCGAGAGAAGAAGGGCCUGUGGGCGUGGCUGAACGAGUAA